AAGAAAGAAGAGGCGGGGCCUAGUGGCACCUUACAUGGCGGUGGAAUAAAAAUAAAAAAAAAGAGCAGAAAGUUUUCAUGCUGCCAAAGUGUCAGGAUGAUGAAUGGGUCGACGUACGCCAACUUUGACAACGAAGAGCACGUCUUGAAAUUGGGGGAGACGUUCGAGAAGCACCCCAAAAGUGCUUUCCAUACCGUGCGAUAUGAUUUCAAGCCAGCUUCCAUCGAUACGGCCUGUGAAGGAGAACUUGAAGUGGGCAAAGGAGAACAAGUCACCAUCACAUUACCCAACUUAGAGGGCUCCAGCGCUCCGAUGACCGUCUUCAAGGGCUCCAAGAGGUCGUACAUGAAGGAGUGCAUCCUCAUCGUCAACCACGACACGGGCGAGUACCGACUGGAGAAACUCAGCAGCAACAUUGCAGUCAAGAAGACCAGGGCCGAGGGCAGCAGCAAGAUCCACUCCCGUCUGGAGCAGCAGACCAGUCGACUGGGCCAGCAGAUGAAGAGCAGUGGCAACAAGAACUCAGCAGGCCCCAGAAGUUCUCCACCCAAAGACAAGACCUCGCCUGCCUCGCCAUUGGACGACAUUGAGAAAGAGCUGAUGGAAGAAGCUCGUGUGAUGGACCAGAUGAGCAGUGACAGCUCCUCCAACAGCUCCUCCUCCAGCAGUGACAGCAGCAGCAGUGACUCAGAGGACCACACCAACCCCUGCAUGCCCACCACCUGUCCUCAGGAGGGCGCCACAGCAGCUACAGCAGAACCAGGACCAGGACCAGGACCAGGACCAGGACUCCUCAUGAACACACUAAAAAACGACCUGCAGCUCAGCGAGUCUGGCAGUGAGAGCGACUGAGGACAUCCGCUAACCUUCUUAGCAUACAUGCUACCUGUCUGCAAACUCUACUUUUAUUUUUUUAUUUUUUGCUAUUUCAUGCAAGGUGGAUGUGUUUGGGGACCGUGGGACACUCGGGCGUCCUCUCCCUAGCAGACAUACAAACAUUUCCUAGUCAAUCAGGUCUUUAAAGUCUCCCUCAUCUCAUUCUUCCUCUUUCAUCUCCUCAUCAUCACCAAACUCUCGUCAUGUGGCUAGUUGCUAAUGUCACUAGCCUUUCAAGCUGCUAAUGUGGCUAGUUGCUAAUGUCGCUCGCCUUUCAAGCUGCCAAUGUGGCUAGUUGCUAAUGUCGCUCGCCUUUCAAGCUGCCAAUGUGGCUAGUUGCUAAUGUCACUAGCCUUUCAAGCUGCUAAUGUGGCUAGUUGCUAAUGUCGCUCGCCUUUCAAGCUGCCAAUGUGGCUAGUUGCUAAUGUCGCUCGCCUUUUAAGCUGCCAAUGUGGCUAGUUGCUAAUGUCGCUCGCCUUUCAAGCUGCCAAUGUGGCUAGUUGCUAAUGUCGUUCGCCUUUCAAGCUGCCAAUGUGGCUAGUUGCUAAUGUCGCUAGCCUUUCAAGCUGCCAAUGUGGCUAGUUGCUAAUGUCGCUCGCCUUUCAAGCUGCCAAUGUGGCUAGUUGCUAAUGUCGCUCGCCUUUUAAGCUGCCAAUGUGGCUAGUUGCUAAUGUCGCUCGCCUUUCAAGCUGCCAAUGUGGCUAGUUGCUAAUGUCGCUCGCCUUUCAAGCUGCCAAUGUGGCUAGUUGCUAAUGUCGCUAGCCUUUCAAGCUGCCAAUGUGGCUAGUUGCUAAUGUCGCUCGCCUUUCAAGCUGCCAAUGUGGCUAGUUGCUAAUGUUGCUCGCCUUUUAAGCUGCCAAUGUGGCUAGUUGCUAAUGUCGCUCGCCUUUCAAGCUGCCAAUGUGGCUAGUUGCUAAUGUCGCUAGCCUUUCAAGCUGCUAAUGUGGCUAGUUGCUAAUGUCGCUCGCCUUUCAAGCUGCCAAUGUGGCUAGUUGCUAAUGUCGCUAGCCUUUCAAGCUGCUAAUGUGGCUAGUUGCUAAUGUUGCUCGCCUUUCAAGCUACCAAUGUGGCUAGUUGCUAAUGUCGCUCGCCUUUCAAGCUGCCAAUGUGGCUAGUUGCUAAUGUCGCUCGCCUUUCAAGCUACCAAUGUGGCUAGUUGCUAUUGUUUCCAGCCUUUCAAGCUGCCAAUGUGGCUAGUUGCUAAUGUCGCUCGCCUUUUAAGCUGCCAAUGUGGCUAGUUGCUAAUGUCGCUAGCCUUUUAAGCUGCCAAUGUGGCUAGUUGCUAAUGUCGCUCGCCUUUCAAGCUGCCAAUGUGGCUAGUUGCUAAUGUCACCAGCCUUUCAAGCUGCCAAUGUGGCUAGUUGCUAAUGUCGCUCGCCUUUUAAGCUGCCAAUGUGGCUAGUUGCUAAUGUCGCUCGCCUUUUAAGCUGCCAAUGUGGCUAGUUGCUAAUGUCGCUCGCCUUUUAAGCUGCCAAUGUGGCUAGUUGCUAAUGUCGCUCGCCUUUUAAGCUGCCAAUGUGGCUAGUUGCUAAUGUCGCUCGCCUUUCAAGCUGCCAAUGUGGCUAGUUGCUAAUGUUGCUCGCCUUUCAAGCUGCCAAUGUGGCUAGUUGCUAAUGUCGCUCGCCUUUCAAGCUGCUAAUGUGGCUAGUUGCUAAUGUCGCUAGCCUUUACAACUGCCAAUGUGGCUAGUUGCUAAUGUCGCUAGCCUUUCAAGCUGCCAAUGUGGCUAGUUGCUAAUGUCACUAGCAUUUAAAGCUGCUAAUCUGGUUAGUUGCUAAUGUAGCUAGCAUAUGAAGCUGCCAAUAUAGCUAGUUGAUAAUGUCGCUCACCUUUCAAGCUGCCAAUGUGGCUAGUUGCUAAUGUCGCUCACCUUUCAAGCUGCCAAUGUGGCUAGUUGCUAAUGUCACUAGCAUUUAAAGCUGCUAAUCUGGUUAGUUGCUAAUGUAGCUAGCAUAUGAAGCUGCCAAUAUAGCUAGUUGAUAAUGUCGCUCGCCUUUCAAGCUGCCAAUGUGGCUAGUUGCUAAUGUCGCUAGCAUUUAAAGCUGCUAAUCUGGUUAGUUGCUAAUGUAGCUAGCAUAUGAAGCUGCCAAUAUAGCUAAUUGUUAAUAUUACUAGCGUAUGACAUCAAUGUAGGUACUUGAUAUCACCAGUGUACUAAUUUGCUAAUGUAGCUAAUUGCUAACAUUACUAGCGUAUAAAGUUGCCAGUAUAGCUAAUUGCUAACAUUGCUCGCAUUUAAUGUUGCCAAUGUAGCUAUUUGCUAACUUUGCAAGCAUAUACCAAUGCCAAUGUAGCUAAUUGCUAACUUUGCUAGCAUAUAACAAUGCCAAUGUAGCUAAUUACUAACUUUGCUAGCAUAUAACAAUGCCAAUGUAGCUAAUUGCUAACUUUGCUAGCAUACAACGAUGCCAGUGUAGCUUAUUGCUAACUUUGCUAGCAUACAACGAUGCCAGUGUAGCUAUUUGCUAACUUUGCUAGCAUACAACGAUGCCAGUGUAGCUUAUUGUUAACUUUGCUAGCAUAUAACAAUGCCAAUGUAACUAUUUGCUAACUUGGUUAGCAUAUAAAGAGGCCAGUGUAGCUAGUUGCUAACUUGGCUAGCAUAUAACGUCGCCUGUAGCGCUGCUUUUUGGAGUGGGUGAGGAGACCCUCGUAGCUUUAGACUCUCGUAGCUGCCAUACUUGAAAGCAAAAAGGUGAGUUCCAGAAAAGAUGAGGCAGGAAGUGAGAGACUUUGACACAGGUGAAUGAGGAAGUGAGAGACUUUGACACAGGUGAAUCAGGAAGUGAGAGACUUUGACACAGGUGAAUCAGGAAGUGAGAGACUUUGACACAGGUGAAUCAGGAAGUGAGAGACUUUGACACAGGUGAAUGAGGAAGUGAGAGACUUUGACACAGGUGAAUGAGGAAGUGAGAGGUGUCAACAUGUAAGUGUAGUAGGUGAUAAAGUCAGGACUACUUCCACAUGUGCACACAAACAAAGAUGGCCACACUGACAAGCUGGCCUCAUUUUAUUCAUUUAUUUUCUACAACUUUCAGCUUUUGUCUUUCUUCCUCAGUCUGGGAAAUAAACCUUUUCAUUAG